AUGCCCGCGCCCGAGCUGCUCGCGGCGGCCGCCACCUACAAAGCGGAAGUCGAGGAGUCGGGCGCCGGCUGGGGCGCCCGAGACGCUGACGAGGACGACGACGAGCCGCUGGUCGGCCCGCCGCCGCCCGCCUUCAUUGAGGCGGACGCGGCAGCCCCCGACGAUGCGCGCUCGGCCGAGGUGGUCCGCGUGCUGCGAGUGCUGCGCGAAGCGGUCACCGGCAAGGGCGGCGGCGGCGCCGCCGCGGCGGCGGCGGCGGCGGGGGGCCCAGGGGCUGAGGCGGACCCGUAUGAGGUGUUGGGGGUGGCGCAUACUGCAGCGGCCGCGGAGGUGCGCAAGGUGUACUGGCGGCUGAGCCUGCUGGUGCACCCGGACAAGUGCGCGCACGCGGGCGCGGGGGAGGCGUUCCAGGCGGUGAGCAAGGCGGCGGCGACGCUGCAGGACGGGGCGGCACGGAAGAAGGUGGACGAGGGCAGGGAGGAGGCGCAGCUGCGCCGCAUGGCGCUCGAUGUGGCCGCAGAGCACGAGCGCCGCCGCCAGUGGGCCGCGCUGCGGGGCGAGAAGCUACCGCCCGAGCUCGAGGCGGCGGCGGCCGCGGCGGCGGCGGCGGCGGCGGGGCCGGCGGCGAGGGAGAGCUGGAUGACGGAGCUGCCCCCUGAGCUGGACCAUCUGGCUGGGCCGGCCAUGGAGGGGCCGCGGCAGUUCAGCAGGUUUGGCAUCAAGAAGCGCGGCGACACCUCGGCCUGGACCGACACCCCAGAGCAAGCCGCCCUCCGCGCCGCCGGCCUGCUGCCCGCGUCCGCAAACGCGCCGCUCGCGAUCGCGGCCGCCGGCCCGGCCGGGCGCCUCACCGGCGGCGAGGCGGCGCCGGCGCCGGGGGUGGCGGAGGCGGUGCGGGAGUAUAACGAGAGGAACCGGCCGAAGAGCCUCCUGGAGCAACACAAGGAGCGGCAGGCGGCGGCGGCGGCGGCCCAGAAAGGCGGGAAGGCCAAAAAGAAGGAGAAAAGUGGCGAGAAGGGGGACAAGGGGAAGAAGGAAAAGGAGAAAGGGGAGAAACGGCCGGCGGCGGGGCCUGCGGAGGAGGAUUGGGUUGGCAAGCACCCCUGGAGACCGUUUGACCGUGACAAGGACCUGGAGAUCAAAGCGACUCCCAAGAGCACCGCCGCCAUGCUCAAGGACGGCGCGGGGCUCUCCAGCCGCUUCGCGAGCGGCGGGCGGUGA